GCUACACUACAGGUUGUUUCGCUGGUUUCGACACAGCUCGCACGGUACGGGACGGCCAAGAAUAGCAAAGAGCACGCGAAUCUAGCCGUCCUGUAACUGAGUCUGGUGAAGGCGACCGACCGCUCCCUUCGUAGACCGUCAGAACGAAUUUGAACGUAUAUUUUUCUUAGUAGAAAAACACGCGAUCCGCGAUUAAGUCGUAUAUGGAGGUAAGAAGUGGAAAACGAUCAUUUCAGCGUGUCGAAUCACGCAAAGUGAACUGAAGUGAAGUGGCCUCGGCGAAGUGGAGAUCUAAAAGCAGUAGAGAAGGAGAGAGUGAGAAGAAGAGAAAGAAAGAGAAGAAAAGACUGUGUGCGAAGUGGUUAUAAGAUUCUUGAGUGCAGCCGUGCGUGUUUUCGGGCAAUGUCUCUCGAAAGUCGUUCGAGCUCAGCCCUAUUUAAAAGGGCUGAACAACUCAAACGCUGGGAACAGUCUGAAACAAAUCGUGAACCGACUCAACCACGUCAGGUCGCACGAAAAAUUAAAUUCUCAGCGGAUUGUGUGUUCUUGGCAGCAUGCGCGGCAGGCGACAAGGAAGAGGUCGUACGUUUACUCCAAAAGGGGGCGGAUAUCAACACCGGAAAUGUUGAUGGUCUAACAGCAUUACAUCAAGCAUGUAUCAAUGAUGAUCUGGAUAUGGUCGAAUUUUUAGUGGAAAAAGGAGCUGAUAUCAAUUGUGGAGAUAAUGAAGGCUGGACACCAUUGCAUGCAACUGCAUCUUGUGGAUUUAUUUCUAUUGCUAAAUAUUUAAUAGAGAAAGGAUGUAAUUUAGCAGCAGUUAAUUAUGAUGGUCAAUUAGCUCUUGAUAUUGCUGAAAGUGUUGAAAUGGAAGAUAUGCUGCAACAACAUAUAAGCAAAGCUGGCAUAGACUGUGAUCAAGCCAGAAGCGAAGAAGAAAGAUCAAUGUUAAAUGAUGCUAGAGCAUGGCAAUCAGGAGCAGCUGGCAAGGAUUCAAUCCAUCCUAAAUCAGGAGCCACUGCUCUUCAUGUUGCUGCUGCUAAAGGCUAUAUUGAUGUUAUGGAAAUAUUACUGCAAGCUAGGUGUGAUGUUAAUGCUCAAGAUUUUGAUGGUUGGACACCUUUGCAUGCUGCAGCACAUUGGGGACAAUUAGAAGCCUGUGAACUUCUAGUGGAAAAUUUUUGUAAUAUGGACAUUAAGAAUUAUGCUGAUCAAACUGCAUUUGACAUUGCUGAUUCAUCUAUAUUAUCAGCCCUGGAGGAAUUAAAAGCAAAACAACAGUUACUAAUGAAAGACCAUCCACAAAUUAUUAAUAAGAAACAGCCAACUAUACCAAAGAAACGUGUAUCAACAAAUAACGAAAAUACUAUAACUAUGCAAGAAUCGGUAGAAACAUUUGAAGAAGAGACGCCAAAUAAAGUUAAAAAGGUCGAAUUAGAAAUUCAGUCUGAUAAAGAAGAUUCUAGUACUGGAACAAAUAGUGAUGUUGCAAUUUGUAUUUCUUGUAACAAUGCUGCAUGGACAGAAGCGACACGUGAAACAGAUAUGGAAGAGAGUGAUGGUGAAGGUGAAUCUGAGACUAGCUCAGACUCACAUUCUUCCACUUACUCCAAUCAAUCUGAUAAGUCUAACGAAUCAAACCACUCUCCAUGUCUUACAGAUGAUGAAAAGAAAAAUAGAGCAAAUAGAGAAGAAACAGCCCCGCGUAAUAUUUCGCCUCCUAUCGAUGCCAAUAAAGUUCCUAAUCAGGCUCCAAUAAUGCCUCCAAAACAACAGACUGAUAAUGAAGAAGGAGUUAUACCAUCUUGGCGGCGAUCAGGCUCUUUUAGAAAUAGGGUACAAAAUACAGAAGCAACUUUGUCUUCGAGGCUUGAAGAUAAGGAUAAAACUAUUAAAUCGCCAACCAUGUCAAACAAACUUAAUACGGAACCUGAUGUCGUAUUGACAAGAACGCAUAGCUUUGAAACAGAUGAAAAGUUUUAUGAGCAGUACUUGGCAUUACGAGCUCGAAUCAAGGCGUUUUCUUGCCCUACUCUCCAUUGCUGCAACGCAGCUACUCCUACUCACACGAAUACUACGACCCGUUCUGCAUCUCUACGCGAAACCCACAGAAGAAAAGAAGCAAAAUUAAACUUGGAACUCUCAAGACUGCCACAGGGAAGCAAUACACUUUCACCAACAACUACAUCCAAAACAAUAGUGUCAAGUACACUGCCAACUACUACAGCUACAGCUACGACUGCCACAACAAUAACAACUACUACAAGUCCUAUUCCAACUAAUCAAAUACGCAGUGUUCAACCAGUGGAAGCUACAGCUACAAACAAUUCAGUAGCAGUUCCUGGAACUCCCACUACACCAGGAGGGAGCAAACUAAGUCCAGGAAAUAUCUUCAAGAAUUUCUUCAAAUCAUUUGUUCCUCCUGUUCGUGAUGAGGAAAGUGAAACACAAAGAAAAGCACACGCGAAAAGAGUAAGAGAAACUCGACGUUCGACUCAAGGAGUGACAUUGGACGAAAUCAAAAGUGCAGAACAAUUAGUAAAAAAGAAACAACAAAACAAUGAAAUUCCUUCCACAAUAUCUUCUACACAGCCUGCAACCACUACCAGCAAUACAGCCUCGAUUACAGCUACAAUAACAACAGCAACUCCUACUACUGUAAUUUCAAAUAAACCUUCUGAAGAACUUAAUUUACCUGAAAGACGACCUUCCUGGAGAUUGAAAGUGGAUAAUGGAAGCAAGUUCCAGCUAGAAGAUGCUAAUAACAGAGCUACUACACUAUCUAAUACAGAUACCACUACAGCAUAUAUGAGAAGACCUUCAGCGGGUACAAGUGUACCUAGACCAUCAUCAGCUCCGGUAGAAACUAUCGCAACGAGUAGUGCAGAAACAACAGUGACAUUACCACUUAGACGAUCGUUAAAACAACCUGAAGAUAAAGAACAAGAUAAGGAAAAUGAUAGUAGAAAUGCACAAGCUACACAAGCUGUUAUACAAAGGAGACGAAGACCUAAAAGGAGAUCUACUGGCGUUGUCCACGUUGAUAUGGACGAAAUUGAUCCAGAGAAACAAGACUUAACUGCUGGGGGAGAUUAUGAUGAGUCCAAAAUCAACCACAAUGAGAGUGGAAAUGAUCGCACUGGAAGAUCUAACAGGCUAGGAUCUAUAUCAUCACUAUCAUCAGAAGCACCUUCUAUGUCAGUAAGACUAAAGUCUACAACUUCUGAAAAUGGUGAAUUAGAUUAUAAAAAAUUGUAUGAAGAAUCUCAAGCAGAAAAUGAAAGACUUAAAGAAAAGCUUAGGCGGUCAGAUGAACAAUUAAAGGAAGCCAGAAAUUUAUUGGACAAAGCACAAAGUGCUCAAAAUAAAACAGUUCUAUCUGAAACUGAGAAAAGGGAAAGGAGAGCAAUGGAAAGGAAAUUGUCAGAAAUGGAAGAAGAAUUGAAGCAAUUACAAAAGCUCAAAGCUGAAAAUGAGAGAUUGAAAGCCGAAAAUCGGGCACUUACCCGCGUCGUAUCCAAACUCACCAAUACUACUAAAUAGGUGAUGGACCAAUUGAAAUGUGAAAACCAGAGGCUAAAAGAUGAAAAUGGUGCCUUGAUAAGAGUAAUCAGCAAAUUAUCCAAAUAACUCCAAUGGUCUUAAAAAAGGGCUGUCUAGCGUUUCUUAUGUUGCAUUACAAUUGAUUGAAUGAAUUGUUUUAACUAUAAAGCAUCAUGAUCAUUAUUGCUAGUAUUCUUACAAUGUAUAUUACAUCAUCACAUUAUUGAUGAAUUUAUUCUUAAUGCUAGUAAUUUAAUUUAUUAUCAAACAAAUCACUCGCGUGGCUGUGCCAAGAGCGAAGAGAGACAUUGCUCCUAUUCUUAGAAUUGUGAAUAGUCGACUAUAAAGGACUUAGAAUUUUUACUUUCUCACAUGUAACUCUUCCUGUCGAAGAUAAAUUUCAUGGUUCAUUUUAGAGCCGGCGCUUGUAAAGCAAAAUGUACUUCGUUCGAAUUGAUAAAAAACAAACGUUCUUUAUGACAAUUUUUUUUAAAGAAUUCACGUUAUUAAUGUUGACUCUUUAUAAGGAUAUUUUGUAAAUAUGUAAUAGGUAAUAAUAACGUGGCAUUUUAGAAUUAAAUAAGAAAAUUUUUUACUUUCAAAAAACACAUAAGAGAUAUAUAUCAAAUUUAUUGUAUAAACUUGUUUCCAUAAUUGUAAUGCAGGCGAAUACAUUCGUAGCGUAUUACAAGAUUAAGUAGAACAAUAAAAAAAAAAAGUGAAUUAAGAUAAUGAUUUUCAUGCUAUUCAAGUGGCCUUUCCUGGAAGACUGCAAUUUAUAAUCCUUCCAUCAUUGCCAUAUUUUACAGAAUACAGAAAAUUCAUGCAGUAAAUAAUGUAUGUUUUAAUAUUAUUUUACAAUUCGUUGUUAUUGAAAUAUAAUUCAAACAACUAAAAUUUUUUAAUACAUGAAAAAGGUUGAAGAUAAUAUAGUUUCUAUUAAUUGGUAUCAACAAACAAAUUGUGUUAUUACGUUUAAUAACUAAUUUAAUGUAUUCGAUUGAAAGAAAGGACUUUACUUUUUAAAUAGAAAUAUUUGUAAUGAAAUUUUAAUUUUGAUAAAAUUAUAAAUUUAUAAGUAAUGAGAAAAGGAAAAAUGACAAUGUAUGGGUGACAUGUUUUUUAACAAUGUUAUUGUAAAAAAUUGUACAAAGAUAAGUUGAAAUAAUUAUUUCAUAAUGAUGUUUGUUAUUAAAUAACAAUUCUGCGUAACUGUUUAGUAUAUACACGUACUUCCAUUAUAUUAUAUAGCUACGUGCUUAUUGUACUUGAAAACUGUUUGAAUGAAACUAGCAUCACAGUAUACAAUGCUAAUUAUUGUAUAAAUAUAAACAAAAGUCCAUUUGUACAAUUUGUGAUAAGUAGUUCAAUCUUUAUCAAAUAUUUUUCGGCUUGAUUGAGAUGUUUCAUAUUAUGUAUUUUUUGUAAAUGUAAUUACCUAUAGCUAUACAUAUAUAUGAUUGUACUGUAUAUGUAUACAAUAUUAUUCAAAUGGUCCUAAUAAUUAUUUGUAAUUUUUUGUUUGCGUUCUUGUCAUUCAUUUUAUAUCAAUGUAUCUUCAUAACAUUUAUAAAACCAUAUUUAAUAUUUCACAUAAACAACACAAAAUGAUUGAAUCUUUGCAAAUUCAUUCAUUUGAUAAAGAUUGAUUCUGCUAUGAUAUCUUGCACGAUUAUAAUAAACAUGUCCUACCCUCAGGUAUCACGUAGAUGAAAGUCGGUGAAUGUGGUCUGACGUUUUUGUGAAAUAUUUUAUAAUAUAAUUAACACUGUUAAAAAUAAAAUUUUGUGCUGGUUCAAAUUAAA